UCCUGACCCUACUCCGUCUUUGUGGCUUCCGCUGCACCCUCUCCAGUAUCUCCUGGUGUUUCUCGCCCAGAGAGCGCAGUGCACCCGGUUCGAUCUGUGGAUGAGAUGAAUCAUGAGUUUCAAGCUCUUGCCCUAGAAUCUCGGGGAAUGGGAGAGCUUUUACCUGCCAAAAAGUUUUGGGAACCUGAUGAUUCAGCAAAAGAUGGACAAAAAGGGAUAUUCCUUGGUGACGAGUGGAGAGAGACUGCAUGGGGAACUCCUCACCAUUCUAUGUCCCAGCCUAUUAUGGUACAGAGAAAGCCUGGACAGGGUUUUCAUGGAAACAGUGAAGUAAAUGCUGUAUUGUCUCCACGAUCAGAAAGUGGUGGCCUUGGAGUGAGCAUGGUAGAAUAUGUGUUAAGUUCCUCUCCAGCUGAUAAAUUGGAUUCCCGGUUUAGGAAAGGAGCUUUUGGCACUAGAGAUGCUGAAACAGAUGGACCUGAGAAAGGAGAUCAGAAAGGCAAGGCUUCUCCAUUUGAGGAGGACAAAAACAGAGAUCUUAAACAAGGAGAUGAUGAGGAUGUUACUAAAAUAAAUGGCAGAGGUUUGCCAAAUGGAAUGGAUGCCGAUUGCAAAGAUUUUAAUCGUACCCCUGGAAGUCGACAAGCCUCCCCAACAGAAGUAGCUGAACGCCUGGGCCCCAAUCCCAGCACCACAGAAGGAUUAGGUCCACUUCCCAAUCCUACAGCCCACAAGCCUCUGGUAGAAGAAUUUUCAAAUCCAGAAAAUCAGAAUCUAGAUGCCAUGGAACAAGUUGGUCUUGAUUCUCUACAGUUUGACUAUCCUGGCAAUCAGGUACAAAUGGACUCUUCAGGAGCUACUGUAGGACUUUUUGACUACAAUUCUCAGCAGCAGCUUUUCCAGAGGACUAAUGCUCUGACUGUUCAGCAGUUGACAGCAGCCCAGCAGCAGCAAUAUGCACUGGCUGCAGCUCAGCAGCCACACAUAGCAGGCGUAUUCUCCGCAGGCUUGGCCCCAGCUGCUUUUGUGCCAAACCCAUAUAUUAUCAGUGCUGCUCCUCCAGGGACUGACCCGUACACUGCAGCUGGAUUAGCUGCAGCAGCUACCCUCGCAGGUCCUGCUGUGGUUCCACCUCAGUAUUAUGGUGUUCCAUGGGGGGUGUAUCCAGCCAAUUUAUUCCAGCAGCAAGCUGCAGCAGCAAAUACCACAGCUAAUCAGCAAGCAGCUUCCCAGGCACAGCAGGGACAGCAACCGGUCCUGCGAGCUGGAGCAACUCAGCGCCCGCUCACUCCCAACCAGGGGCAGCAAGGGCAGCAGGCAGAGUCACUUGCAGCAGCUGCAGCAGCAAAUCCAGCUUUGGCUUUUGGUCAGGGUCUUGCUACAGGCAUGCCAGGUUACCAAGUGCUGGCUCCCACUGCCUAUUACGAUCAGACUGGUGCCUUAGUAGUAGGCCCUGGAGCAAGAACUGGCCUUGGUGCACCAGUCAGAUUGGUGGCCUCAACUCCUGUUCUAAUCAGUUCUGCAGCAGCACAAGCAGCUGCAGCUGCUUCAGCUGGAGGAACAGCAAACAAUCUCGCGGGAGCCACGAACGGUCUAUUUCGGCCACUUGGUGCCCAGCCACAACAACAGCAACAGCAAACAAAUAGUAGCCUACAAUCCAAUUCAUUUUAUGGCAGUAACUCUUUGACCAAUAACUCCCAGAGCAGUUCCCUUUUUUCACAUGGUCCUGGCCAACCAGGAAGCACAUCUCUUGGCUUUGGAAGUAGCAGCUCUUUAGGAGCAGCUAUCGGCUCUGCACUUGGUGGAUUUGGCUCAUCAGUUGGCAGUUCUUCAAGUAGUAGUGCCACAAGGAGAGAUUCUCUAUCUACUAGCUCUGACUUGUACAAAAGAUCUAGUAGCAGCCUAGCACCCAUAGGGCAGCCAUUUUACAAUAGUCUGGGAUUUUCCUCCUCUCCAAGUCCAAUAGGCAUGCCUCUGCCAAGCCAAACGCCAGGACAUUCACUUACGCCACCGCCAUCACUUUCAUCACAUGGAUCCUCAUCCAGUUUGCAUUUAGGAGGACUGACAAAUGGUAGUGGUCGCUAUAUUUCUGCAGCCCCCGGCGCCGAAGCCAAGUAUCGCAGUGCGGCGAGCACCUCCAGCCUCUUUAGCUCCAGCAGCCAGCUCUUCCCUCCCUCGCGCCUCCGCUACAGCCGCUCUGACAUCAUGCCUUCUGGACGCAGCCGCUUGCUGGAGGAUUUCAGAAACAAUCGUUUCCCUAACCUGCAGCUAAGGGACCUUGUUGGACAUAUUGUUGAAUUUUCCCAAGACCAGCAUGGUUCUAGAUUUAUACAGCAAAAGCUGGAGCGAGCUACUCCAGCUGAGCGCCAGAUGGUAUUUAAUGAGAUCCUGCAAGCAGCCUAUCAACUGAUGACUGAUGUGUUUGGAAACUAUGUAAUACAGAAGUUCUUUGAGUUUGGAAGCCUGGAUCAAAAGUUAGCCCUAGCAACACGCAUCCGUGGUCAUGUUCUGCCAUUGGCCCUCCAGAUGUAUGGCUGUCGUGUUAUCCAGAAAGCACUUGAGUCAAUCUCACCUGACCAGCAGGUAAUUAAUGAAAUGGUGAAAGAGCUGGAUGGCCAUGUCCUGAAAUGCGUGAAGGAUCAGAAUGGAAACCACGUCGUACAAAAAUGCAUUGAGUGUGUUCAGCCCCAGUCGCUCCAGUUCAUCAUUGAUGCAUUCAAAGGACAGGUAUUUGUACUUUCAACUCAUCCAUAUGGUUGUAGAGUAAUUCAGCGUAUUCUGGAGCACUGCACUGCUGAGCAGACUUUGCCAAUCUUAGAAGAAUUGCAUCAACACACAGAACAGCUAGUGCAGGAUCAAUAUGGAAAUUACGUUAUUCAACAUGUACUGGAGCAUGGUCGUCCUGAAGACAAAAGCAAAAUCGUUUCAGAAAUAAGAGGAAAAGUUCUAGCUCUGAGUCAGCAUAAAUUUGCCAGCAACGUGGUGGAGAAGUGCGUGACGCACGCGUCGCGCGCGGAGCGGGCGCUGCUGAUCGACGAGGUGUGCUGCCAGAACGACGGCCCUCACAGUGCCUUAUACACCAUGAUGAAGGACCAGUACGCCAACUACGUCGUGCAGAAGAUGAUCGACAUGGCCGAGCCCGCCCAGAGGAAGAUCAUAAUGCACAAGAUUCGACCCCACAUCACGACUCUGCGUAAAUACACGUAUGGCAAACACAUUCUGGCCAAGCUGGAAAAGUAUUACCUGAAGAACAGUGCUGAUCUGGGGCCAAUUGGUGGACCACCAAAUGGGAUGCUGUAAAAGACAAAGAGAAAUGGAAGAAAAAUUAAAUUGUGAAUUAUCAAAACCUACAACUUAACUCUAAAUGUUCUGAUUUUUUUAAAUCUAUUUAUUGACUUUGUUCAUCCAUUUGUAAAAUUUUUAUUCUUGUGUAUAUUUUUGGGGAGUGAAUUGUUAAAAAAAAAAAGAAAAAAUAUCUCCAGCCCUGAUCCGGAGACCUAUCAGAUUGGAUGGCUGGCAAAGCACAGAAUGCCUGUAUAUGAUGUAAUUGUAUCAAAAUAGCUGUCACAUAUUUUGUAAAUUUUUACCUUGUAAAGUCACUGAAAUAGUUUUUAAAGGGAAAAAGUACAGUAUUCUUUUAAUACACUGACUUGCAAUCUGGUAGGUCUACCCAGCAUCAUAGCACAACAGGUUUAUAGAGUUGUAUAUAGAAUUAAUCCUUAUUUUUCCCUUUUAUGUGAAGUCUUUUAUACCAGAUUAAAAUUGAUCAACUGCAUAAACAUUAUUUAACAUGUUCAAAAGUUAAGUUGUAUUUUGGUGGUUCACAACAUCCUAUCCAAAUAACAAACAGGGCACAGCAAAUUAAAGUAUGGAAGAACAAAAUGAUGGAAACUUUAAAAGACUAGUUUUUGGCACUUGCUGUGGAUACAGGUUUUUUUAAAUCAUGCCCUAAGGUUUUCUCUAGCGAUGUAUUAAAAAUAAAGUGCUGUAUAUACUUAUAUAUUUAAUUGUUGUACAAGGUAGAGGGAUUAAAAUGAUGGUGGUACUUCCAUUCAGCAAAGUACUCUGUUGGAAAAGGAGUGAACCCUGUAUUAACUUUACAGUCAGUUUUACAAUGCAGGAAGAGUAGAGAUAUGUAUUUUUUUAUUUUGCAUAUAGAAUUGUAAGGAUUUGAAAGUGUUGAGCAUUUAUUUUGCUUUCUCACUGUAGAUGCGAAAAAUAGGUAAUGAUAAAGAGGAGGGGCCACUGAAAAGUAAACUUGAUAGCUCAACAUUUAAGCAUGAUUGAUUAAAUAUUCAGAUAGCUUUUUGCUUCCUAUAAAUAUAUGCAUUGUAUACGUGUAGUUAAUAGGUGUAAGUUUACAGUUUGAAAACAAAUCUCUCGUUUCGAUGUUUAUUACAAAGCCUUGCUAAUUUAGUAGUGAUGCUUACCUUGGUUGUACAGAUGUACAUUUGUAAACCUUCAUGCUGUAAAUGUAAUUUGUUUUACUCCUUUUUGGGACAAAAAUUUGCAUUUUAGUGUAUAUUCAUAUCCCCAUUUCCUCCUUUCCCCCUGGCAUAUAGUGUUGUAUAAUGUAAAUUUAUUUCAGCAAAUCAAGAGUGAUUUUUUUAAAAUUCUAUCUUUAUAUGGUUUCAAAAAUAUGAACCGGCUUUCUUUUUAUCUAUUGUGAGAAACAUUAUGUUUUGUUUAUAACAUAGCUGUUGAAUCUGUUCAUAUGGACACUUUGGGAAAUCAAUCUGUUCAAAUUUUAAAUCAGGAUAAAUAAGCAUAGUAAGAAGUGGACUGAAAUACUUGGUUAUCACAGAAACCAAUGCUUCUUCCAUCUUAAUAAAUGUGGCAUGAAUUUUUUGUACAGAAGAGUACUGUAUUUUUGAAUAGCCUUCUCGCAGCGUAAAGCAAAUAUGUAUGAUACUGUCGAUUUUUUUCUCUGGACAUAUGACAUUGUAA